UUAUGUGUACUGCUCAUGCGUGUGGAAUAGAAACAAAAAUGGCCGCCUGUCCAUAGAUUGGUUAUUUGCAGUAUACGCGACCGAAUACACGAGUUUUAUGCCUUUUUACAGUAACUUUUUGUCAUAUAUAGUAAACUCCGUGUAUUAGUGUUUUUUUGUGGUGUAACAAUUGUGUUUUUUUAGAGCCAAAGAGUAUUUAUUUGGAUAAGUUUUCUUUGGUGUUUUGCUUUUAUUUUCAAAAUAAGUUUGGACUUUGGCCAACAUGUUUAGAAUUUACACACCAGUUCGAUCAAUAAGGACUCCGCAAGGUCGCAAGAACCUCACUAAAUUACUUGUAUCAUCAGCAUUGAAUACAACAAAGGAAGCAACUCCUGUUAGACAAAUUCAUGCCAUCGCUGUUGAUGGAACGAGAAGACAUGCAAAUGCUUCCCCUCUAAGCUGUCAGUUAUUACACCACCCCACUGGACUUUGCAAUGUCAAUGGGCAGAGUAGAAGGUCUCUGACUGUGUCUGGGGGAGGCAAGGAUAAAGGAGGGAAUAGUACAUGGAGCUGUCCUAAGUGUGGUAAUCCAUGCAGUGCUGUUGAAGCAUCCACAAGAUUCGUGCAGUGCGAGAAAUGCAGCCAUUUCUUCCUAGUCCUCUCAGAUUCAGAUUCAAAAAGACAUAUACGACAAGACAGUAAGGCCUCUCUUAAUAAUGGUCCAGAAAAGGCUGCUAAGACCAGUAGAAAACCUCCACCACCACCAAGAAAGAUCUUUGACUACUUGGAUAGAUAUGUGAUAGGCCAAGACUAUGCCAAGAAAGUGCUAGCAGUCGCGGUAUACAACCACUACAAACGUCUUUCAGUCAAUAUUCAAAGCUCCUCUCAAAAUUCUGUGCCUGCUGAAGUGAAGCCAAUACCCCUGACACGACCUUACCCUGCCACGCCACAAGAACUUCAAUUAAUAAUGGCCCAAUCUCAGACUAUCAACUCCCCACUGGGUGCGAGUGGGGUCCAGUCCUCUAGCACAGUGCGGGAGACUGCAGGCAGUGAGGUCCUGGACGCUGAACAAGAUUCCAUUCGUCUUGACAAAAGUAAUAUUCUCUUGCUGGGUCCAACUGGCUCUGGAAAAACACUCCUUGCUCAGACCAUAGCCCGAUGUCUUGAUGUCCCAUUUGCAAUUUGCGACUGCACCGCUUUGACUCAAGCUGGUUACGUUGGGGAGGAUAUUGAGUCAGUCAUUGCCAAGCUGCUACAGGAAGCUGGUGGUAAUGUGGAAAAAGCUCAACAAGGUAUUGUAUUCCUGGACGAGGUGGAUAAGAUUGGAGCUGUUCCUGGCGUUCACAAUCUGAGGGAUGUUGGCGGAGAAGGUGUACAGCAGGGCUUACUGAAGAUCCUAGAGGGUACUGUUGUGAACGUCCCUGAGCGCAACUCGCGUAAGAUGAGAGGCGACACAGUGGCGGUGGAUACCUCAAACAUCCUGUUUGUAGCGUCUGGCGCAUUCAAUGGACUCGACAAGAUAAUCAGACGGAGAAAACAGGACAAGGUUCUUGGGUUUGGCGCACCAGCCAUCCAUCACUUGGACAAAGCGUCACAUGACUCCCCAAUCGAUAUCUUCUCGGCUGUCAAGAGUGACGUCAGAGACGAUAACGCCGAGCGUGAUGCGUUGUUACGCUCAGUGGAGGCGAAGGACCUGAUCGAUUUCGGGAUGAUUCCAGAGUUUAUCGGCCGACUUCCGGUUGUGGUAUCUCUUCACUCUCUGGAUGAAGAUACUCUGGUGAAGAUUUUGACGGAGCCCAGGAACGCACUGGUACCGCAAUACCAGGCACUCUUUGCCAUGGACAAGGUUGAUUUACAGCUCGAAUCAGAUGCUCUUCAGUUGAUUGCUCAACAAGCCCUGGAGAAAAAGACUGGGGCGCGUGGGCUACGCGCAAUACUGGAGAACCUUCUGCUGGAUCCGAUGUUCGAUGCUCCUGGCUCAGACAUCGUGACCGUGCGUAUCACCGAGGACGUCGUACGAAGAGAGAAACCCGCUGAGUACGUGCACGCACCCCCUGAGACCGCCACGCCCGAUACCACUGAGACAACCGAGGUCUACAACGACGAUUACGACUUUUACGCCGGCGACGCCUCCUCAAGGGUUUAACCGAUGACGACGAUUAAGCCUUUUACGUCGGGGACGCCUCCUUAAGGGUGUAACCUAUAACGACGAUUACGCCAUUUACGUCGGGGACGCCUCCUGAAGGGUUAACCGAUAACGACGAUUACGUCGAAAAAAUAAGCAGAGCUAUGAACGUAUUUCUAAUGGCACUUUGUAGCUUCAGAAUUAAUCUUUCAUGACUCUGUACAUUAUGCAUACUAUCAUAUAUUAUUUUUACCUCUAGUGUAUUACUGGACUCCUUUACUCUUUUUUAAUCCUUCACUCUAUGUUUUUGUUUUCUGUACUAUGACUGUUUAUAGUGCGAUGCGCGCUAGCGUGGCCACCCCGACAAUUUUGCGAAGCACUUAACGAAUAAAUAUGAUGUUAUUUUUAAUCAACACUCUAGCGUCAUACCCUAAAACUGCAGUUAAAAGAAUCGAUAUUAUCAAUUUAUUGCGUUGAAAGCUUUUUACAGGCCGAAAAUAGGGUUAGGGAGAUAUUUCAGAUAUUCAGAUUCGGGAUUACUGUGUUUGUAAUUUUUAGGACGCGGGUCCCCCUCCCCCUGCGUCAUUUUUGUCCUCCAUUCGCCACAGGAAGACUCUUUCCCGAUAAAAAGAGAUGCCUGCGGAGGAGGCUAAGUAUUGUUUGUAUCCCGUACAAACGGUAUUGUUUAUAUCAUUUAACGUGUGCCACUCGGGGCGCAGUAGUUGGUUGCUCAUACAAAACCUUAAUAUGUGUUUAGGAUAUUUUUCACGAUCUGAGAUGUGUACAACUGUCCUAAAUCUUUGAACCCUUCUCGCACAGCUUUAUCCACAAAGCCCUGUACAUACCAUUGUAUAUUCUAUUGUAUGUCUCGUCUAAUGAGUAUGUAUAGAUUGUUUUUUUUUUCAUGGUUUGAGUCAUAUUUUAGAACUGUAAAUGAAAAUACCAAUAAUAUUGAAUUAAAUGUGAUAUCUGUUCGAA